AAGAGACACGAGCGUUUUGAGUCCACGACGAAUUGCAGCGACGGAGCUGAAGAAACGAAAACAUCGUGUUUGUUCGUUUGUUCGUCUUUGUUCGCGUUUUGUACGAAAACAGAGCAACAUGCCCAAAGUGAAGAGAAGUCGGAAGCCACCUCCAGACGGCUGGGAGCUGAUUGAGCCCACUCUGGACGAGCUGGAUCAGAAAAUGAGAGAAGCUGAAACAGAGCCUCACGAGGGAAAGCGAAAGGUAGAGUCCCUUUGGCCAAUUUUCAGGCUGCACCAUCAGCGGAGUCGAUACAUCUACGAUCUGUUCUACAAAAGAAAAGCCAUCAGCAGAGAGCUGUAUGAGUACUGUAUAAAAGAGGGCUAUGCAGACAAGAACCUGAUUGCAAAGUGGAAGAAGCAAGGCUACGAGAACCUGUGCUGCCUGCGCUGCAUCCAGACACGAGACACCAACUUCGGAACCAACUGCAUCUGCAGAGUCCCCAAGAGCAAACUGGAAGUCGGAAGGAUCAUUGAAUGCACCCACUGUGGAUGCAGAGGAUGUUCAGGCUAAGCGCAGUUUUCAGACGUCCGGUCUAUUUUCUGUUGGCCGUCGGGGCUCACCCAGCUUCCAUCUCUCACAUCCAGCAAAGCAACAUCGUCUUCAGUCACCUGCAUCAGAAACAAAUCACCAUCAUCCUCAGCUGUCCUGACAGGGGUCAUUAUUUCACACUCUACUCCUUUUUUCCGAACAGAGUGGAGCAAAGAAGAAAACACUGAGAGGGGCCAUAUCGUGUUAGCUGCAUUUAUUUUUCUGUUUUUAUAUUUUUUACACUCAACUCCAGAAGUUGAGGUUAGAGCUGUUUCUGCAUCAGGCCUGUCAUUCCAUCAAGUCAUACCCACUGUGAAGCUCAUUUAAAAUUCUAAUGUGUUUCAUCUGAUUUAAUGAGAGGCUGGGACGAAACUGAUUUUUGUUUUGAAAUGUCAUUUUAAACCUUAAAACUGUUUCUUCAUCGUUGU